AUGGGCGCGGCAUCUCCCACCACCUCUGAUGCCAUCAGCUCAUCGUCUGCUGUAGACAGAGUCCUUCAGGUAGAGGUCCUCCAGAGCUACAUCAUGCAGUUUCUCUCGGUGCCCUCGUUGGCUGCGUUCGGUCUCACUUCCAGUAAGUUGUAUAGAGUCUAUGAUUCUGAGCUGGCCUGGACCGACAUUCGCCUCCGAACUUGUCGGGUCGUACCAUCCACCACGCAGAUCCACAGUGUGUCUGCUAGAGAGCUUUUCCAUGCGUCCUUCGAGGCUUCUAAGGGAGUGGUAGCAUAUGAGGAACGAGACUUUGAGGCAGCCAUCAAGUUGGCCGACGUCAUGUACGCUACUCGAGAUAGGCAGAGAGCCAAGGCCUUGUAUGAGGAAGCCCACGCCGCCAAUCCGAAGAAUUCGUAUGCGGUCAAUGGGCUUGCUCUUUUUGCACGGUCGCAGUCCGAGGAAGAACGACUUCUGCGUUUAGCUGUUGAGCUGGACCCUAUGAAUAGCUAUGCUCUGGCGAACCUCGGUGGGAUCAUUAUGUGUGAGGCAUGGGAUGAUCUAUCGCGGAUGCGCAACCAGGAGGCGGAGGAUCUUUUGCAGAGAGCUGUCGACUUGAAUCCGAAGCUGUUUUACGCCCCCACGUAUGCUACAGACGGUGCGAGCUAUUCAACAGCUGAAUAG